CGAAUUUAAAAGAGUCAAUCGGUGUUUCUCUUGAAUCUAGUCUUAGAGUAACAAUACAACUUCAUUGCGUUCCAAUUUACAAGCUACAAUGUUUAGUGCUCCAGCUUGGGUGCCUGAUCUCCCAUUUGAACCUCCUAAUAAUAUUACUAUUGGGGAGUUUAUCUGGUCCAGCAAGCAUGGCAGACGGCCAGCAGCGACAUCGCGAAGUCCUUUUACAUGCGGCCUCACGGGAAAGAGCUUCACAGUUACCCAGGCGCCACAGAGAAUCAACUUCCUCGCACGAGGCCUUGCCCAGGUUCUCAAAGUUGAACCAAACAAAGGCUUGUCAUUAGACAAAGUGAUUGCAAUAUUCUCGCCAAACACGAUCGAUUACAUACCACUAAUUUUGGGGAUUCAUCGAAUUGGAGGCAUUGUAACUCCAGCAAGCGCAUCUCAUUCGCCGUCUGAGCUUGAAUAUCAGCUCAAAAAGACUGGUGCUACAGCCAUCUUCACCUGCGUUCCGCUUUUGAGUACCGCAAAGAAGGCUGCAGAGCAAUGUGGUAUUACCCACGACAAGAUAUUCAUUAUGGACUUCCCCGGGGUCGUGAACACCACGUCCCAUAUCAGCCUUGAGAAACUAGUGUCUAUUGGCGAAGAGUUACCUGACCUGGAGGCAUUGAACUGGCCUAAAGGAGAAGGAGCACGGCGAGCGGCUUUUAUCUGUAUGUCCAGCGGAACGUCUGGUUUGCCUAAAGCAUGCGUCAUAUCCCAUUACAAUGUCAUUGCAAACGUGUUAGCAACAGCCACAUACGAAAAAGGUGCUAGAAGUCAUUUCAAGUUUGGCACCCAAGUCACCCUCGGGCUGCUACCCAUGAGCCACAUUUAUGGCCUCGUCACUGUUGCACUUUGCGCGACAUACCAGGGUGAUGAGCUCAUUGUGCUUCCCAAGUUCACAAUCGACACUUUUCUCGAUGCUAUUCAGCGCUUUAAGAUACGGCGUCUAUAUGUGGCACCGCCGAUCAUCAUACAGAUGCUCUGGAAUCGGGACAACUGCCUCAAGCAUGAUCUCUCUAGUGUGGCAAGCAUACAUACGGGCGGUGCUCCUCUUUACGCAGAAACCGCAGAACAGCUGCUCAAGAUGUAUCCCAAUUGGCACCUUGGACAAGGUUACGGCAUGACUGAAACUGCUACAUUAAUUUGCACUACCAGCGAACAUGACAUCUACCUUGGUUCCUCCGGCUCUCUGCUCCCUGGUAUCCGUGCCAAGGUCAUUGGCUCCGACGGCAAAGAAAUAUUCACUUAUGAGACGCCAGGAGAGCUCUUUGUGCAGAGCCCCUCGAUUAUCCCGGGCUACCUGGGCAAUGGGAGAGCUGACGAAGAAACCUUCGUCUGGGACGAUGACGGGAGGUGGAUUAAGACUGGCGAUGAGGUUGUGAUUCGCAAAGGACCGUCCGGGAACGAGCAUAUAGUCAUUGUCGACCGAAUAAAGGAGCUGAUCAAGGUUAAGGGAUUCCAAGUUCCGCCUGCAGAGCUAGAAGCACACCUGCUCACACAUGUUGCGGUCCAGGACUGCGCUGUCAUUCCCGUCCCGGAUGAAUCCGCUGGCGAGCGGCCCAAGGCCUUUAUCGUAAAGAAACCAUCGGGUGUAGGGUCCGUGGACGAUGAAGAGCUGGCACGCCAGAUCUCGCUUUAUGUGCAGAAUCAUAAGGCUUCGCACAAGUGGCUAAAAGGUGGCAUUGAAUUUGUUAAUGAGGUACCAAAGAGCCCUUCUGGAAAAAUCCUGCGACGUGUUCUUAUGGAUCUAGAGAGAAAACGCCGUGCCAGAGAAGGACCCAGGUUGUAGAGACACUUUUCUAUUUGCACAUAUAUUAUUCUGUCAGUUGUAUAUAGAAUUUCAUAGUCUCACUCACUUAUUUUAGUACAAUUGAUGUCUUUCUAAUGCCA